AACAAGACCAAUGAUAAGAAAGAUGGCGAGUGCAUUGGCAAACCAGUCGCUAUCCAAAUGACAAGUGUCGUGCAUUGUGUGUGGAGGAGUGCUGCACGAACUGUGGAAGGAGGUGGCCAGGUUCGGGCUGGCACGCUGUCAGCUUAUGUAAUCUACCGCCGCAUGCUGGUGUCAAUAUUCGCCUCCGUGUGUUACGACCGUGAGUUUCCUCGUUCGAAACGCUUCUGCAACUCGUGUGUCCUUCACCAUGUCGUCCUCUCGCAUUCUCCGCUGUAUGCGGAUGUCUGCUAUUGUCCGCGAUCGUCCAAUACACCUAUUGGAUUACUGGACGCGGUCAAAUUUAGGGAAUCCUAGUUUGCGGAGAUGGUUACACGGUUCGCAGAUACAGCGUCAUGGGAAUGUGACCAGACCAGAACCUGGCACUGGAAUUAAAUUGCAUUUCAAAGAUUCGAAGGGUAACUUGUUGAAGACCGUCGAAGCGAACGAGGGUGAUGAUAUCCUAUCACUUGCGCAUGAGCAUGACAUUGACCUAGAAGGCGCAUGUGAAGGGUCAGUUGCCUGUUCGACAUGUCAUGUUAUUCUCUCGCCCGAGCAUUAUGAUCUGCUCCCCGAGCCAUCUGAUGAUGAAAAUGACAUGCUGGAUAUGGCGUUCGGUUUAACUGACACAAGUCGACUUGGGUGUCAGGUGCACAUAACUCGCGAACUUGACGAAAUGACAGCGACCCUGCCCAGUGCUACACGGAACAUGUUUGUGGACGGAAAAAAGCCCACACAUCAUUGAUAAUACAUGAUUUACGUAUACACCGCUGACAAGAGAUCCGUGCUUUAUGGAAGAUGAAGGUCUAGUCUUGCACAGGGAUAUAUGAAUCAAUCAACUUGAGAUACCGGUGGCCUGGGGCAGUGCUCAUGUGCACUUGUCCUUCUAUUAAUAUUAUUGCGACUUGUCGGAAUUAUUAUAAUUAGUGUUGGCUAAAUUUAUUAUUCUGCUAAUCGCCAUUUACCAUCACA